CGCGAAGAGUUCAGUUUUUUCAUUGGACGUUUCUCAGAAAUCAUUGAAAAAUCAUUGGAUCUACUGCAUGACGUAGGCCAGACGGCGGCCUCUUAUGUACAUGUUUUGGCAAUCUGAUGAGUUUAAAGGAUUCCUAUAGUGGAAAUUUCAGUUUGAAAUAUUCGCAAAUACUCGUUUGUCUGGUGAUUAGACUGUGUUGUCCACUUUUGUCAGAAUGGAGACGUAUGAAAGUGCAGGGAUAUUGGAUUCGCAAAUAAUUUAAAAGACUGGUUCGCGGCUCGUAGACCUUUCUUUGGGACUGGCAGGUGUUUUACGGUCCAUGCCGUAUCCCGGAGGAUGCAGGCGGCUGUACUCAGAACUACAGUCAACCGAUCUGACGUUUUCUGAAGUAUGUCUGCAUAGAUAUAGGUUUUCAGGAAGACAUGGCUCUCCUCGGUUUAGUUUCAGCUUGUAGCGGCUAUCUAGUUAGACCUCUAAGUCUUAUCUCAAGUGCGUGUUUAAGAUGCAUCGCCGUGGUUCCAGUAAAGGGGUUCGGCACUUCAGAGGGGCCUCCAAGAAAACCCAUGAACGGGUACAUGCUUUUCGCACAACAGCAACGUCCCGUCGUUGUCAGGCAGAACCCAGGAUUUAAGAUCCUCGAGGUAACACAGAAAAUUGCAAUGCAAUGGAGAGAACUUACACCUGAACAGAAAAAGCCAUUUGAGGAGGCAUCAGCUGCGGCCAGGAAGCAGUAUAAUGCUGAGAUGGAGCGGUACAAGGCCCAGCUCAGUCCAUCUCAGGCUGCCGCUCUCAAGGAAGAAAAGAGGCAGAAAUUGGCCAAAAAAGAGGCUAUCAGGAAAAAGAGGGAGCUGACGGAUCUGGGAAAGCCCAAACGGCCAAGGACUGCUGUCAACAUCUUUAUGACGGAGCAUUUUGAGGAGGCCGAAGGGGAAACGAUGGUGGAGAAAUCAAAAGCUUUGCUGGACAUCUGGAAAAGUCUGAAUGCCACACAGAAACAGGUCUACCAGCGACUAGCAGAGGAUGAUAAGAUCCGCUACAAAGAUGAGAUGAACUCCUGGGAAGAGCAUAUGCAGGAGCUUGGGAGAGAGGACCUCAUUCGACGAAAAGCUGCAGGAGUGAAACCAAAAAGAGGGUGGGAAGGGGAAUCCAGAGUCAACUCCGCUAAAACCAAGGUGACUGUGAAGCCAGGUGACAGUAAGGAAUGGACUGAAAUGUGACGAAAUCCGUAUGAUUGAAGGUGAAAAUCACUAGGUGCUAAAAUGCUAAAGGAUUUUUUACAGUCUCUUUUGUAGCCAGUUGUAUAAUUGUUCUGUUUCAAGUCCUUAGCCAUUAUAAAUGCCAGGGACCUAACAGUAAUUGCAUAUUAGAGGUUAGGAAUUAUCCACACACCCCAGAAAGGCCAACUUAAAUUUGAAUCUACACUUCAUAGUGUAUUUUCUAAUUGUCACUAAACAAACUGUACUGUGAAAAUGUCUCACAGGCAAUAUAAAAGUAACAAUCAUCUGUCCCUGAGUUGUUACAAAAGCCAUUUGACAUUUAUUUUGUACUAAUACUGUUUUCAUUAAAGAUUUUGAUUUUACAUUA